AAUAGUAAAAGCCAAGCCACCCUAUCUCAUUUCAGCUUCUUCUUUUCACUCAUUCUCACCGGUGUCCGUCGAGCUCGUCCGGGAGAGAGCAGCAGCGGCAUCCGAGGGAGAGAGCAGCAGCGGCGUCCGAGGGAGAGAGCAGCGGUGGUGUCCGUCCAGACAGGAAGAAGAAGAAGAAGAAGAAGAAGGCAAAUGUUACUUGUUCAAGUAAGACUGCAUUUGUCUAAAGACUCUUAAGGCAGUGGAGUUUGCUCUGCAAAGUAAAGAAGAAGAAGAAGGAGACAAUGGAUUUAGCCGUUAACACUCUCUUCUUGGGUUUUAAUCCUAAGAUAAUAACUCACACUCGACAAACGGUAAAUGUUCCGAGUCUCACUUGCAGAAGAGUAUGUACUUCCUCCUCAAAUCAUGAUGAAGUAAGACUUGGAAAUUUUGCUGGACAAUCAUACCCCAGGAGAAGUCACAAAUGUUUUCCUUCCAUUUCUGCCGUUUUAUCAGGUGCCAAAGAUGUUGAGGUUUCUUCUUCUCAAUUCAAUGAUAUAUCAGUUACUACUACUGAUAAUACUGAGCCUGGAGAAUUAAAGAUAAGCAUAGAGGUUUCUGGUACCAAAACUCAAGCAAUUUUUGAUGAAGUUUUUGACAAGAUGGUUGCUCAAGCUCAGCCAAUCCCAGGGUUUAGGAGAGUUAAAGGAGGGAAGACACCUAAUAUACCCAAAGAUGUACUAUUGGAAGUCAUUGGACCUUCUAAAGUUUUCAAGCAAGUAAUCAAGAAAGUGAUUAAUUCUACUGUUAAUGAAUAUGUAGAAAAGGAAGGUUUAAAAGUCAGCAAGGAGUUGAGAGUCGAGCAAAGCUUUGAGGAUUUAUUAUCCAUGUUCAAGGAAGGUGAACAAUUCAACUUUGAUGCAGUAUUACAGAUUCAAGAAAAGGAGGACUAAAAUAAGAUGACAUGUUGAGAGAAAUGUAGUUGUAAUUUAUAGAUAACUUUGUUAUAAUAGAGAGGAAUCUGAAAGUCUUUCAUUGAAGUAAAAAUCCAAGAUAUUGUUCCUAUGAUCCCAGUCAACUCAUGAGAAAAGAAAGUAUAACCUAUAGAAUUACACCAAGUUGAUUUU